CUCAGCCUCAGCAGAGGGCCAGUGACCGCUAGCUCCAUAUCAGCCGCUCACAAGCAGCAGCAGCGGAAAUCUUCCAGUGGGAAGGAGGAGGGGGGAGAGGCAGAAGGAAGAAGAGCGAAGGGACGGGCAAGGAGAAAGGAUACGGGACAUUAUUUGAUCCGACUAGAGUAAAUGUUUACGUUGAUUUGAUUUAAGCCGUGUUAAAGAGUUCUUUAAAUAAUAAAAAAAAACACACACACACACAGCAGCUGAAAUACUAGCUAGCUUCCGCCGCCAUCUCCUCCUCUCAGUCGGAGCGACCUCCGUGUCUUCCAAACCAUGGGGAACGCUGCAACCGCCAAGAAGGGCAACGAGCUGGAGAGCGAGACAUUUGUAAAAGAGUUUCUAGCCAAAGCCAAAGAAGAUUUCUUGCGGAAAUGGGAAUGCCCGCCACAGUGCACAACAUGCCUAGAUGACUUUGACAGGAUAAAGACUCUGGGUACCGGCUCAUUUGGAAGAGUCAUGCUGGUCAAACACAAAGGGACAGAGCAAUACUUUGCUAUGAAAAUCCUGGACAAACAGAAGGUGGUGAAACUCAAGCAAAUAGAACACACGUUAAAUGAGAAGAGGAUAUUACAAGCAGUAAGCUUUCCUUUUCUGGUCAAACUUGAGUAUGCAUUCAAGGACAACUCCAAUUUGUACAUGGUAAUGGAGUACGUUCCCGGAGGAGAGAUGUUCUCUCACCUAAGAAGAAUUGGAAGAUUCAGUGAACCACACGCACGAUUUUACGCUGCCCAGAUUGUGCUGACGUUUGAGUACCUACAUUCAUUAGACCUCAUUUACAGAGAUCUAAAGCCUGAGAAUCUUCUCAUCGACCACCACGGCUACAUUCAGGUGACAGACUUUGGAUUUGCCAAACGAGUAAAAGGCAGAACUUGGACGUUGUGUGGAACACCAGAGUAUUUGGCUCCGGAAAUCAUUCUAAGCAAAGGAUAUAACAAAGCUGUGGACUGGUGGGCCCUUGGAGUUCUCAUCUAUGAAAUGGCAGCUGGUUACCCUCCGUUCUUUGCAGAUCAACCGAUACAAAUCUAUGAAAAGAUUGUGUCUGGAAAGGUACGAUUUCCUUCCCACUUCAGCUCCGAUUUAAAGGACCUGUUAAGAAACCUACUGCAGGUGGAUCUGACCAAACGGUACGGAAACCUGAAGAACGGAGUCAACGACAUCAAAGGUCACAAAUGGUUUUCUACAACAGACUGGAUCGCCAUCUACGAGCGAAAGGUUGAAGCUCCAUUCAUACCAAAGUGCAGAGGCCCAGGGGACACCAGCAACUUCGACGAUUACGAGGAGGAGGACAUCCGUGUUUCUGUAACGGAAAAAUGUGCAAAGGAGUUUGCAGAGUUUUAAGAAACAAGAACAUGGAUAAAUCAGGGAAACAUAAAGGGGACCUUUGCACUCUUCUAUAAGACUUGUGAUGGAACAGGGACCAUCUUUUCUUUUCAGAUCUACAUAGUCCCUUCAUUCCACAAGGCUGAAAGAGGUCGUUGUGAUCCUUCAGUGUCGAUAACUUCUCACUGUCAAAUCACCUGCACAUUAAAGCAGUCGCAUCACCUUUUUUUUUGUCACUUUGAAAGCAGUUAGUUGUUUGUUUGGAUUUUUUUUUUAAGUGUGUGUGACAAAACUGAGACUGCGGCCAGUAGCAGUCCACACUAGAUGAUUUCUCUCGUCAUUUGGGUUAUUUGUGUUCUCGUCUGUCAUCAUCAGCGAUGAGUUGAAGUCUGCAUCGUAUUAAGUUGAGCCAGUUUACCCAGCUACUUUUGGUCCUGUGCAUAUCUGAGUUUGUACGGCAGUGACAACAAUGAGUGUUUAAAGCAUGACCAAAUAGAAGUUGACUGGCUGACACAAGGGAAGUUGUUUCUUUUGCUUUUUGCCUUAGAAAGCCAAGUCCUCAGACCACCCCUCUCUAUAGGACUCUUUCCAUAAUAGGCCAUUGCAGAAAAUGACAAAUCUUGCAUUUAAAACAAAUGCAAAUCCACUUCUUUGUUUGAUCCAAUUGGGUCUAAUAGUUACAUUUAGAAGCUGUACUCUGCCAUUUUACUGGGGUUUCUUUGUUUUGUCUUUGUUGAGUCACUUAAUUGGUCCCCUUGGGGACUUUUGCCACAAGUAUGUGGAAACGGUGAAUUCCGUAAAAGAAAAUAAGGUAAAUAAAUCCUUUUUAGGAUUAUGUUUUAAAUUAAACCAAAUAGUCAUCAGUGGGAAUAGUGGGCAUUUUCCGCCUGAAGAAUGUUUUAUUUUAUUUUUUUAAAUGAUGAAGUUUUACGAUUAAAAAACAAAAGGGAAAUAUACAUAUUUAUUAUAUAUCACCCCAAUUAUUAUUAUUUUUUUUUAUUAUUCUUGUGACAGAAUGUAGGUUUGCAACUUCUAGGUUUGUGUGUUUUUGCUCACAGGACACUGGCUAAACUGAAGACUGCUCCUUUGUAUCACAUGUAACCCUUUUCCUGUUAUGCUCAUAACAUGAUAUGCAUUGUUCCACAUAUGUUUUUAUUUAUACACAUUAGAGAAGAUGCUAAUAAAUUUUAUUUUUAAAAGUG